AUGUCCGUCGGUUCUCCUCUGCUCCAAAUCGAGUCGUCUGACUCGGACGAGGACGUCGUUCCUCCAACCCAGCCCAGGAGGAGCGUCAGGUCGAUCCAGGCCAAGUCCGACUGGGCCCGUUUCUCCGCUGUCGAUAUCGCGGCGGCGUUGACGGAGGCGGGGAUUCCCUUCGACGCCGGCCUGCGGAAGGGUGACCUCGUGCUUCUCGCCCACAAUGCCAUCGGCAGUCCCGCUGUCCCCGUCGCGGCUGGUCCGUCGGGUCCCGUUCCUGCUCCCGCGGCCGACCCGGAGGAGCCUGAGCAGCCUCCGAGGAAACGCCGUGCCAAGGCCAGGCAUGUCGCCCCGGCGCCGCGCGGGCGGCCACCUUCCGCUCGGCCCCCGGCCACUCCAGCCCCGGCUACCCCUGCCCCGGUCGCUCCGGCCACGCCUCAGCCCAUCCUGGAUGCCGUUCUCUCCCUCGCUGCUUCGGUGAGGGCCAUCGAUUCCAGGAUUCAGGCGCUGGAGACCCGGCGCCCGGCCCCUCCGUCGUCCUCGCCUCCCACGGCGCCUCCGGCUCUCGCCUCUCUCCAGUGGCCGACCUCCCUCCCGGCCCCAAGCUGCAGCGCAGCUAUUCCGCCUGCAGCGUCUGCCGCUGUUUCCCUCGGCGCUCCGGCCGUGCCUGUCUUCAGCCUGGCAUCGGCUCUCCCUGCUCCUCCGCUGGGUAGGGGCUUCGUUGCUCCCUCCGCGGUCUCAAUCUCUCCGCAACUCCGGCAGAACAUCAUUCAAGGUAAAGACGUGAAUCUCGCUUCCUUGUUAUUGCCAUCUCCCGCUGUCGACCGUCAGCUCGUCGACUGCGGUGACGUCUCAGUCAUCCUCAAAAAUUCUGACCCGAGGCUUUCAAAGAGCCUGUCGUUCUGUGACUUCGUGAUUGCCUUCGGCAUGUACCGCGAUGUCCUCUGCAGUGCCUUCCCUGAUCGCCGACUGGAACUGGACACCUAUCUCGCUAUGAUGGCCGAUUUUAAUCAGCGUUAUGGGGGCACGCUGUUCUAUCAAUAUCACAACUCGUUCUCCGCAAAGUCUGCUUCCUACAUUUCCCUCUACAAUUCCCGUUUAGACUGGUCCGUCGUUGACACGGAGCUGCUGGUCAGGCACUUCAGCGGUCAGCGAUCGCUCAGCUGCAAUAUUUGUAGCUCCCACGGCCACUCGGCCAGUCUGUGUCCUCAGACAGUCUUCAGCGCACCUUCCGUUCCGGCCACUGCCCGGGGCGACGGCCCAGUGCAAGGACCCUCAUCCAAAGUCCGUCUGCCCCCGUCGCGUAAGGCCGCCGCGGGGAGGAAAGGUGGUUUCUGCAAAGAAAUUCUAGCGUCUCACCCGUCCACGCCUAUUAAUGUAUCCGUUUUGUCAUAUUAUCUCUCUGCCCAUCCUGACUCUGUGUUUGUUGAUUUUUUGCUCACUGGUCUCUCUCAGGGGUUUAGGGUUGGUGUCCUGUCCCCCCUCUCUGACUCGUACGUGGCUAGGAACCUGCAAUCUGCCCUGGCCGAACCUUCUGUCGUGUCCGAACUCCUGUCAAAGGAACUUAAUAAAGGCUAUAUUCUCGGCCCUUUCUCUGUCCCUCCUUUCUGCCCCUUCCGCGUUAAUUCCCUCGGCGUGGCCACCCGGAAGUACUCCGGUAAGAAAAGGCUGAUCUUCGACAUGUCCUCGCCUCACUCCGACAUCUGGUCCAGCGUUAAUGAAAUGAUUCCCCUCGAACCGUUUUCACUCCACUACGCUUCCGUCGACAAUGCCAUUUGCCUUAUUAAAAUCGCCGGCAGGGGCGCUCUUCUGGCUAAGGCCGACAUCACAGACGCGUUCAAGGUUAUGCCGAUCCAUCCCGCUGAUUGGCCGUUGUUCUGCGUUAAGUGGCAGUCCAACUUUUAUUUCGCCGUGCGGCUCACGUUCGGCUGCAGGAGUAGUCCCCACAUUUUCAAUUGUCUGUCGGAAGCGCUGUGCUGGAUUUUGCUCAACGUCUGCCGCCUCCCGUUCGUCCUCCACCUCCUGGACGAUUUCCUGCUAAUUGAUUUCCCCGCGGGGUCUAGUUCAGGUCUGGACGUCCUUCGCGCUGUAUUCUUGGAGCUCGGUGUCCCUCUGUCGGCGGAGAAGACCCUGGGCCCCGUGCACUCUCUCGAAUUUCUGGGCAUUAUCCUCGACUCGGUUGCCAUGCGGGCCUCUCUCCCGGGGGAAAAAUUAGCUAGGAUUCGCGAAGUGUCCGCCUCAUUUCUCUCCGUGGGCACGGUGACCAAGCGAGACCUUCUCUCUCUCUUGGGUCAUCUGAAUUUUGCCAUGCGCAUCAUCCCGCAGGGUCGCUCCUUUAUUUCUCGCCUGUUAAUUCUGGCCCACUCCGUUGUUAAUUUAUCCGACCCCGUCGUGCUCGACCUGGGUUGUCAGUCGGAUCUUGGUUUCUGGUCUAAAUUGCUUGCUGAAUGGAACGGCAUCUCAUUUUUCUAUAAUGAUCACUCUGAUUCGUCUGUCUCUCUCGAGCUGUUCACGGAUGCCGCUCCGUCUCUCGGUUUUGGGGGCUUGUAUAAAGACGCGUGGUUCGCAGAAAGAUGGUCUGACGAAUUUAUGGCAUUCGCCUCCGAUGCUGCCUCGUCCGCCCUCUUCGAGCUGUAUCCCAUCGUGGUAGCCUGCGUACUCUGGGGUACCCACUGGUCAAGAAAGCGCAUCACUUUCUUCUGUGACAACGAGGCAGUAGUGGCCAUCGUAAACAAAGGUCGCUCUCGCUGCCCUAAAAUAAUGUCCCUUUUAAGGAGGCUCACCUGGCACUCUGUUAUUCACAAUUUCAUUGCAAAUGCCAUUCAUGUCCCCGGUUAUUUUAACGUUCAAGCUGACGCCCUCUCUCGUCUCCGUUUGCAGGAAUUCCACCGGCUCUGUCCUUCAGCCAACAAAGUGUCCACACCGUGCCCUCGUUUCGCCGAGCUGAUUCUGGAUUAA